GAUUGUCUUCCACCAACAACUGGGGGCAUGUUUUCUCGAUUGAGAAAUGUCUGUAGAUUUGCCUCUACAUGUCAGCGAUUAUUUCACCCCUCUUCAAAGCGCUUUAGGGUGAAUUUCGCAACGAAGGCUCACCCUAAAAACCUUGUGCCUACCGCGCUAAGCGUUCGAGAAACAAAAAGUGAUGGGACUUUACAUGUAACAUGGAACGACAACAGAGUAAACCGUUAUCCGUUUGUCUUCCUUCGCGACAUCUGUCGAUGCCCUGAAUGCUUCCACGAGUCUUCUUCGCAACGAAGCUUUGAUACAGUGGGCCAGUUGAGGAUGAACAUUCAACCAAAACGAGUCGAAGUUUUGCAAAGCGGUAAACAAAUUGCUGUCACUUGGCCAGAUGAACAUGUCAGUGUGUUUGAUUCUGAGUGGCUUCACUCCCGGCGCUUAGCUGAGAAGCCGCAGGAAGAUGAAGCUAAAGAGGACCCGACACUAAACAAAGAAGGUGUAAUUUUUUGGAACGCUGAAAAGCUUCAAGGCAAGAUACCUCGUUAUGACUUUCAAGAGGUGAUAGAAGAUGACUACAAACUGUAUGAAUGGCUGUAUUCACUUCAUAGCUUGGGCAUUACACUUCUAACAAACACGCCUCUGCAGAGUGGUGAAUGCUUGAAAUUGAGCAGUAGAGUUGGAUUUUUAAAAACUACCCAUUACGGCCACAGCGUCAGCGUACGGGCCAGGCUUGACCCUAGCAACGUGGCUUUUACCACAGACGACCUUCCUCUUCACAGUGACUUUCCUUAUUUGGAUUAUCAGCCCGGGGUAACAAUUCUUCACUGUAUCGAGCAAGUGUCGGGCAAAGGUGGCGCCAAUCAGUUUGCUGACGGAUUUCACGCUGCAAAGCAGUUGAAAGAAAGUGACCCAGAGUCUUUCAAGCUGUUGUCUACCACUCCAAUUCAAUUCAGUAUCCGUGGCAAGGACGUGUUUGGUGAAUUUCACACAAAAUCUUCUCAUGCCACAAUAGAGUUGGACAAUAAUGGUAAAUUGAGCCAACUCAGCUUUUGUGAUGCUGUGCGCGACCCCUUCUUAUAUCUACCCCCGGAGAAAACCGUGGAAUUGUACGAAGCAUACCUCAAGUAUGGAAGAAUUCUCAGAGGUCCAGCCAAUCAAAUAGAAUAUAAAAUGGUGCCUGGUGAUUUGAUAUCGUUAAACAACAACCGCGUGUUUCAUGGUAGAUCCGCCUUCCGACUCACUGAGUCUUCAAGCCGCCUUCUUGAUUUUCUUUGUAUGGACUGGGACACAGUUAACUCAAAGCUGCGAGUUCUUGCUAGACACUUUAACAUACCAUUUGGAUUGUAAAAAAAAACAAACAAACAAGCAAAAUUAAAUCUAGCAAGAUGUAGUUAGUUGAUCUAAAAUUGUAAAGGAGAGUUCCUUUUUUCUUUGGUAAGAGGUACUUCUUGCAGGCUUAUAAAGGUUACGUCAUCAUGUUUGCAAUUUCAAAAGUUAUUCUAACCUAACGCUGCUCUUAACAUUGCCUAUCUUUGCAAUUUCUACGACACUUGUCACAUUUUUAGUUCAUGAGUUGGCUCAUCAAUUGGUAGUAACUGAAUUUGGUGCAAAGUAAAUGCACAUUGUCCAUAAGGUUCAAAAUUUACUAAAAUGUCUUUUUAAAACAUAGAGCUUCGAAAAUCAAAGAAAAUACUCAUUAGUAAAUGUUCAAAUACAUUUUACUUCGAACUAACACAAUCUUUCAGGAAACAUAGGAGGAAAGAAAUAAUUCAUGUUAUCUUAAACUGAAAAAGUAGAGACUCUGCUCCCAGCUGCAUCCUGCGCAAUAUAUAUGCGUUAUUCACCCAGAAUGAGGUCAAGAUGGCUGGAUGUCAGCUGAGUUCUUUUUACAUUUUUAUGGACUGAGAUGAAGUCAAGGUUUGUAAGAACAGAAAAAAAGAUCGAGGCUAAUAUCCAAUGAUCUUGACGGAAAAAGCUUGGUCAAUGAGGGAUUUAUUACAUAGCAAAAGGAUUUUGCUUUAUUAAGAAUCCAGAAUGACUUGUUUAUUCCGAGAGAUGGGAAGAAAGCAAACUGUUUUAGUAGCACAAUAAACCCACCAGAAUCGUU